CAAGGGCGUUCGUUACAACCGCGACGAGAAGCUCACAGAACAAAGCCCACCUCGGCAGCAAGAACAUCCUUCUUCGUCGACUAUGGCUGACCCAUUCGCAGAUCGAAACGCGCUCGACGCCAACCCAUUCGCAGACCCCUCCGUCCAAGGCGCGCUCUCGUCCUCGAAUCGCGCCUACGAUGACUACGACGCCAAGUCCUUCGACGCUGGCGACGCAGACUCGGGGCUUAACACCCCUCGAGGCCAGGUUCCUACGCUGGACAAUGAUGCAGCGUCCUCCUCCAGGUACCAAGACCUGCAGAGGAGGGAGGCCGAGCUGCAGGCGCGUGAGAGGGAACUCCAGCAGCGCGCAGAGCACAUUCAGAAGCAUGGGCGAAACAAUUGGCCUUUCUUCAUGCCGAUCAUCUACCAUGACAUCGACGCCGAGAUUCCACCUGACAGUCGAGAGGCCAUGCAACACAUCUACAUCCUCUGGCUAGUGUUGGUCGGAACUUUGAUCGUCAACCUCGUCGCCUGUGUCUUCCUUCUGAUCCAGGGCAGCAGCGACGGGAUCAAGGACAUGAUUACCGGCAUCGUGUACCUCCCCGUCAUCACUGCCCUCAGCUUCCUGCUGUGGUACCGACCGAUCUACAAUGGCUUUAUGAAGGAGCACUCCCUUUUCUACUAUGUCUUCUUCCUUUUCGCUGGAUUUCACCUCGCCUUCAGUGUCUACGCCUUUCUCGGCAUUCCCUCAACGGGUUCUGCGGGUCUGCUCAACACGAUCCAGAGUUUCGCGAGUCAUCGAUUGGUUGCUGCCAUCCUCGGCGUCUUUGUUACGGUUGGGUUCGCAUUCCAGGGCCUCGGGCUCGCGUGGUACUACAAACAGAUCUGGAAGCACAACCACGAACAGGGGCACACGUUUGCCCAAGCCAAGGCCGAGCUCGCAAGCCACGGUGCUCGAGCAUACUUCACCCGUGGCAGUCAAGUCUAAUCGGUGACGGUGCGGGCGGUCGUCACGAUAAUGUUGAUGCGGCG